AUGCAUCGGAAAUACGGGCCAAUUGUUCGCAUCAACCCACAUGAGCUUCACGUAUGCGAUUCCGAAUUUUACAAUACUCUCUACGUCUCCGGAGGCAUUAGCCGCAAGCGUGACAAGUGGUCCUGGGACACGAUCGGUGCUGGUGGCGUCCAAGACUCGUCUCUGUCAACCAUGGAACACAGUCUCCACAGGGUUAGGCGAUCUGCAAUUGCCCAGUUCUUUUCCACGCAAAAUGUCCAGAAGCUACAGCCCGUCAUCAAGUCGAAGGUGGAUCUUUUGAUUCGUAGGCUUGUCGAGAAUCGGGACCAAGGCGCCGUAACAAACAUACAGCAUGCUUUCUCCGCGCUCACCAAUGAUGUGAUUAUGGAAUAUUGCUUCGCGCAAUCAUACAAUCGUCUCGAAGCUAGCGACUUUGACCCUAGCUACAAGCACGCGAGUCACAGGGGUGUAAGACUAGCCCAGAUUGCCAAACAUGUCCAGUUACUGCGAUGGAUGGCCAAGGCAAUGCUGGCCCUUCCAGAGUCGGUGCUCGUCAAAUGCGGAUCAACGUUUGAGAUGUUUCUUGUUGAAAGAAAAAUCGACGACCUUCAACAACACGAAUCGAAAGACGCCAGUGCGGACGCCGCCCACUUGACAGUGUUUCGAGAAAUUUUGAACAGCAAACUUCCUCCGGAGGAGAAAACACCAGCAAGACUCGCCGCAGAAGCACAGGUUCUCGUCAGCGCCGGCACCGAGACAACGGCUAGGGCACUCACGGUAGCGCUUUUCAAGCUUCUGACCCACCCUCAACCUCUUGAAACCCUAAAGUCAGAACUGGAGACUGUCCAAGAUUCCAGCCUGUCCCUUGAACGACUUCAGCAACUUCCAUACCUGACCGGCGUCAUCAAAGAAUCCCUGCGUCUCUCUUACGGCGUGGUCGGGCGUCUCCAACGCAUUUGGCCCUCCGAAGACAUGACGUUCCACCACUGGACAGUUCCUGCGGGCACACCCGUUAGUAUGACCUCGUAUGAUGUCCACCACGACGAGGUCAUCUUUCCGGAAUCGCACCAGUUUCACCCAGAACGAUGGGCCAGUGAUCCAGGGUUAGAUAAGUACCUCGUAUCGUUCGGUAAAGGAUCCAGACACUGCGUCGGCAUUAAUCUCGCGAUGGCAGAAUUAUACAUUACUCUAGCAGCCCUAUUUCGCAGCUUCGGCUCUGAAAAGGUCCGGUGGCCAGGAGAUAUGGGACAGCUCAUACUGUUUGAGAGCGAUGACACUGACAUCAAAAUGAUUGGAGAAGUGCUACCGGAAGAUGUGGAUGUUGGCCUGUUUGACAUGGCCAAAAGCAACGAGACUUUUGGUGUUGGCGUGGGGACGCAACAAAGAAAAGACCGCUCAGUGGAGGUUGACGGGCAACUUUCACAAAUGGAGGCUCGCGUUCAAUAUUACUUGCACCGCUAG